CGUCGCUGACCGUACAUGUUUUACCGACCAUCGCAGUCGCAGUCACACCGACUCCUCAUAAUUCAUCAGGUAAGUAAAAAGCCGGAAAAAAUUCUCAGCUUGAGCCAGGAAGCAACAACUGAAUUUAAGUAUCCAGUAAUACAUAAUAAACCCCAUUUAAGGUGCAAAAUGAUCGGCCCGGCACCCCAAAUGUUUGGCACCAUACUGGCGAUUUUUAGGAAGGGCCCUAUCCAGUCACACGACCCAAAAUAAUGAUAUGUUCAAUCAGAAUCGUGUACAGAUGUACGAUGUUUUUCACAUGUUCGAAAAAUGGUACGUCCAAUCAACAGCCACCGCAGCGGUUCGCAACGAAACAUUGCGAAACUUCGUUUCUAGGGUCUUUUCAAUCUCCAAUAGGGUGACACCAUUUUAAAAACCGGGAAGCCCCUGGGGAUGAGGAUGAUUUUACGGCACCCCUAAAAAUUACGGUACCAAUGCCAAAUUUUGUACUGUAUCGAUACGUUUACACGUAGGUGAUUGCGAGAGUAGCCUGCCACGCCGACUUUCUUAGGGGUUCGUCACGCUUCCUGCCCCACUAACGUCUGCUUAACCGAAAGUGAAUUCCUUUCCCAUUGUUCGCAAAUAUCAGUUGUUGAAGUCAAAGUGUUGACAAGCCAAACACAUACGUACAAGCUCGGUAGAGUGUGAUACGUGACCAAAGAUUUUUACUCCAAACGAGAAUCUAGGAGAUAAGCCUUGAUUUUUGUAUGUUUCUCUCUGUAAAGGCUGAAUUAGAUGUCAUUUGCUCACAAAGUCGUUCUUUGGGUGAUGCAACGGCCGGGUUACCUUGUAACUGAACAAAAGGCAGUAUUUUUUUCACACUUUAUUGUUUUGUAGUAAACCCGACUUCCGUUGGGUAAAUUUAACCUCCGAGGUAAUUUUUUCAAUGAGAAGGUGAGGGUAGCCUCUACUACGAGCGAUGUGAGUUAACUGAUUAGUUUGUUCUGAAACUGUAAGGUCUUCACCUUUCAUGAGACCUUUCUGAUCUUUUCUGGAGCAAAGUCAAAUGCGAAAUUUCUCUCGGUCCAAAGGGCACUUCCCAGAUCUGGAAGUCUGUUGUGAUUAUGUCUACGUUUUUCCGCUCAAAUCAGGAGACUUUAGUGGGGCAGGAACUCGUGACAAACCCCUAAGAACGUCCGCGUGGGAGGCUAUUUCGAGGGCAGUGCGGUGCCCAAAAAUUGCCAUCGCGGUGCCAAAAUUUUGAAGUGAAUGCCUAUUUUUGUGGGCGCGUAAAUGGGGUUGGGAAUUUCCUAAGCAGUCUGAUGCCAUUUUUUUAAAUAUUUUCUCGUAGAAUGUUCCAACUACAAAUUUCUAAUCGAAUCCAACAGAGCAAGAACGUACUUCAAUACUUCAACUGUGUUAUGUGACACAUCCCUGUCGGGAUGGUACAGAUUCAGUGGAAGAGCUGGCAAUCAGAUGGCUGAUUCGUGUGUUGAUCAUAAACACUGCGGUACAGCCGCUCCCGGAUGGAUGAAUGGAGGUCAUCCGUCAGUAGCUGAACGAGUGGUUUCGCGCUCAGUUUGUUUUCGAUCAAAAUCAAAUUGCUGCAAGUGGUUGAUUGUCAUCAGUGUCCGUAACUGCGGAGGCUUUUAUGUUUAUUGGCUUCAGAGGCCACCUCAUUGCAACUUUCGCUACUGUGGUAGUGGGAUCCAACCUACAUCAGGUACAAAACGUGAACUAUAUAGGCUAUUUCACGUCGCAUAUCGUGUAGUGAUGGCAAACAAAAGUACAAAAAAGUGUGCUGCACGUGCAGAGUUGUUGCUUUGCCCUAUUCAAACUAUUUCUUUUUCGACGUUCUCUUUGCCGUUUCCGUAAUGACACCAUAAACGCCCUAUUUUCGAGCACAAAAGCCGCGCUACUUACUGGUUUGGUUGGUGUUGACUAUAUUUAUUCAUUUUUAAAGAGGAAAGGCCAUUGCUUUUUUUUCUCUUAUCUCUCUCCUCCUUUCCUUUUCCCGUCUCUUCUUUUCUGUUUCCUUAGUUUUUCGAGUAGGUGACCCACAUUUGUUAUUAAUAUUAUUAUUAUUGUAAUUAGUAGUAGUAGUAGUAGUAGUAGUCGUCGUCGUCGUCGUCGUCGUCGUCGUCGUCGUCGUAGUCGUAGUCGUCGUCGUAGUCGUAGUAGUAGUACUAUUAAUAUUGUUUUAUCACUGAAUAUCACUUGAGCUUGCAACUACGUCUCUGGGAUGUAAACUCCACCUCCAAUAUCCCCUGUGGCUCCCCGUCGACUAAACUGUGAGAUUUCCGUCAAUCAGCGCGAAGGGGAAACGAGCGCGAAUAUAGACAAACAUGGAAAAACACUUACCAAGGGUAAUGACGUCAUUAGUGAUGUCAUCUCCGCCAAUCAGCAUUUCGAUUCGCAUCGACUUUUUCGAUGCAGAUAUUCAAAUUUUAGAGACGUAGUUGCAAGCUCUCCUUCCUUUUCCCUUCCUGACGCCAGAGCGCUCCGGAAAGCUUGCUCGCAGGCUAGUUUCUGGAGUGCAAAGUAACUCGAGAACCUAUGACACUGUACCCAUAAAAAGCGGGAAACUUGGCGCAAAACUCACGCACUGUGGUGGCUUUUGAUUGGACGUAUCAUUCUUGGCACAUGUGAAAUACUUCGUACGCGAUUCUAAUCGGACAUUUUUUUUUUUUCACUUGUGAAAAAUAUUGUUCGCUCCUCUGAUUUGGCUAGAACUCCUUUGCGUAUGCAAAUCUACAUAUAUUACGUGUAUAAUAAAAUGAAACUUGCUUUCGGAUAAAAAAUAUAUAUUCAUGUCAUUUAUCAUUUGAUAAUUGACAAUUAUUCCACGAGUGCGCGUUGGAUAUGAAUUGGCUAUAAUCAUCUCAUAUCCAGUGGAAUAAUUGUUUUAUUAAAAACGCCCACAAGAUAUCGAGUAUUCUUCCCGACUUUAUUUGUAAAAACAACUGAUUUUCAGCUUGUUUUUAAUUUUGAGCAGGAGCGUACAGUUGCCAUAUUUGGAGAGCAUGGUAUACCAUGAUGGCUAAGCUAAUCAGAGCUCUAGAAUUGCAUUAUCCAAUGAUUCAGUUUUUAAUAAUAAUCGUUAGUUCUGUAUAAGAGGAGAGCUCGAAAACAGUCAUACUCAAAGUUUCUAACGUUUCAAUUUCAGCUUUGCCAACUCACCAUUAUAAUUACUUUUCUCUUCACAAUUAUGAAUUUUCCUUGCACCCCUAAAAAACGCAAGCCUCAUGCAAAGAUUAGCACAGUCUUGGUGAGCGGCAUUCUGUGCUAGAAUUUCCGAGUUCCAUUCCUGAGUGUGAUCUUAAAAUCCUUGCUUCGACUUCUCUUCUUUCCGUGUCGCUUUAAGUAAUUUUAAUUACGUUUAAAAGUGAGUACUGAAGAAGAGGGAGGGCGGGGGUGAGGGCAUGCUGUCGGCCUCUGGUUUGUCACUCUAAUGUAUACUGUUACGAUUUACGGCGAAAAAUAAGGGCCCUGCCUUUUGCCUUUACCUUAAGCUGUCAGAUUUGUGUGUGCAUGACGCUAACCCUAAGACAAGCCAAGCAAGUCUUAAUACAUUUUGGUACAAAAACUGGGUGGGGGGAUCAAGAUCUCUCCAAUGGCAUUUUGAUGUGUUACAGAAUUUCAAAUGAAUUGCACCUUGGCAGCCAUCAACAUUUCAAAAGUAGUCAGUGAGUAGUGCAUGGCAUUCUGCACAUUGUCAAAAAAAUGAAUAACGCCACAUCGAUAUUUCAUUUUUAUUUACUGACAGUUCCAACUACAGCACAGCCUACUCAUUCGCCAGGUAAGAGAUUUUGGCUUCAUUUUAUUAGUCCAGGGGUGUUAGUCUAAUUCUACAAUUCAUUCCUAAAUGAGAACGCCGGAGUACGACAAAACUCUUUGCUUUAAAAAAGUGGCAACGAGUAAUGAGAAUUUUUCUGCUUCUGCUCGGGAGGCAGCUGCAAGCUCUCAACUAUUUGAGAAAUUCGCUAUCGUUUGGGGAUGCGUUAAACGAUCUCUUCGCACUGCACAUUAGGCAAAAAUCUCUCCACAAGGAGAUUUUUCUAACUGUCAGUUUCCGUCGACAGUUUCCAAUUUCACCCGAACGUCUGAUCUUAGAAUGGUAAAUGUGGAAGGCAUCAUACUAGAUUGAAACUAUGAUGGUAUACAACUUUUCUUUUGUUUUGCAGUUUGCCCACACCUGAUCCUCAGCGAGACAUCAGGAGUAAUAACCAGUCCUAACUUCCCGUUAAAUUAUCCAGAGAACCAGACAUGCAGCUGGCAAAUAAUAGCAAGAAAAGGGAAACGUGUAAAGUUGGUCAUUCAAAGUUUAGAAAUUCAAUACUGCAGAGCUUGUUCCUGUGAUUAUCUGGAAAUAGAAAAUGCCUCUUUUGCAGAUGGUACUCCAAAUAAGAAGCGGGAAUGUGGUGUCUUCUUUGGUAAUAUAACAUAUUAUUCUCAACAGGACAGUCUGAGAGUGCUCUUUGUUUCUGAUAGCAGCCAGUGGGCGCGAGGAUUCACGGCAGUAUAUACUCAAGUGCCUUACAAUACCUCAAAUGGUAUGUUAGCUUUUGUAGGAGUGUUCCAACAACUAGCUCGCUAAGCGAUGAGGUCCCGAGAGUCUCUUGGUCUUCGUUCUUCUUUGACUGCUACUGCUCUUAUAAAUACAACUAACUCUUUACUCCAACUCACUCCUCUAAGUAGCUGUUUUGAUAGCCUAAGCUAAACAUGUUUGGCUUAGCUGACCGCGGGGAUAAAAAUAAGGUAGACUCAUGCAGUGUGGGCAAUGUUUGAAGCUAUAUGGUUGCGGUCGGCGAGAAGCUACAUGAACCGAUGAAAAACUAAAACGCUGGUUAACAAGCCCAAACAGGAACUUCAGUGGGACCAAGGUCAGCUCUAACAUCACAAACAUGUCCAUCUUUGAGACACUAACAAGUGAAUAAUAUUCCUAAAAUAGCAUUAAGUAAAUUCGCAAGCUAAGCAAAAAUUCAAGAACAAGCAAAAACAAAACAUCAAAACAGGAAAAUACCUAUUUGGACAGAAACAAGACUAACCUUGACCCACUUAAUGUCACAAAAACGAAACAUAAAAGGUGGGACAGAUCUCAAAUAUAAAUUUCAAAAUAUUUCACAACACUUUGGACCCUUUAUCAAAUAACGAAGGGUACUCUUCUGGGAUAUAUUAUCUUUACAGUGAAUUCCCUAAACCCCGGUAGGCUAGCUCAGUCGGUAGAGCGCUUGACUGCAAGAACGGAAGGCCGUGCUAGUUCGAUCUUCGGGACCGUACCAGUACUUAGGGUCUCAAAAUAACUGAGGUAGAAGACAUUGUAAAGGGCUUGAUUUAUGCGUGACUCGGAUGAACACGUAGAAAUGGCUGUCCCGUUUCCUCGAGGAGAUGUUAAAAAAAUCGUGCUGUACAGUAUCACAAAUGAUCCCCAAAAUGUUGUACACUGAUACUUUCGUGGUCACUACAUAGGUGCUGGAGUAAAGUUUCUUUUUCUUCUUCCUUUUUUUACUUUUUAUAUGAGCUAACUCUCACUUCUUUUGGCACUUCUGAUGUUUAAAGAACUCCUGACCAGCAAAAGUCAUCAAAAACCAGAGCCUAACAAUUUCUGCUUCCAAACAAAACUGAUACUUGAAUUGGCCAGUCACAACUCGAAGCAAAUACAUGUAGCGGGACUGAUGGAUUGAUAGCGGCUGCCAGUGGCACCCUUGGAUGCUGACGUCCCAGCUUACUUUUAACAUGUAAAGAAGGAUCGUCUUGUUUUCCUUUUAUCUUGACAUUACACUACAUUACAUUACAUUACAUUACAAUAGAUGGGUUAGGGUAAGCGAAAAACAGUCCUAAACAGAAAGCCUAACAACGUUUAAAAUAAGUACAAGUAUGUUUUCGACUAUUGAUAAGACUUUUCACAACCACCACUUCCUUUCAACACACUGCAACUACACUAUUCCUUCAUAACCAAGUAAGCACUUCCACAAUUACCUCACUGCAACACCUAAAAUCACUUUUACCUCCCUUCAUAUUAAAUACUACGAGAAACAAGUCUCACUGACUAACAAACUACAGCCGGGCUUACAAUUUCACGUCCAAUAUAACUCCACGCCUUCCACUUCACGCAUCUCAACCAACCCCUGAAAUAUACAGCGUAACUGAACUACUCACACAUCGCUAAAACAUAUUAAAAAAAGCUUCGCACACGCCUCGUACAUCCGCGCCCAAAUUUACGCUCCCACAGCGUCUUGUUAAAUCUGCUUUGAAACCUGAACGUUUAUACUGAUAAUAACAAGCCAUGUACAUCGUUAGUACUCCGCCAUUACCUAAUAUGGUCAGAUACGGGGAUAGGACAAGCAAGGUUCGCCAUAUAUGAGGCUCAUACACCAAAACUGAUAAAGAACGUUGUCAGAGUUAAGUAAAAACUGAAUGUCAAAAUACCGCUUGUAACAUUUUUCCUUUUUAGAAUGUUCCAACUACAGAUUCCUUGACGAAAUCAACAGGGCAAUAACGUAUUCCAAUAUUUCAUCAUGGCCCUGCGAUACCAAUCUGUUGGCCGGUUGGUAUAGAUUUAGUGGAGGGGCUGGAAGUCAGAUGGCUGAUUUUUGUGUCAGUGAUUUAUUUCGAAAAUAUUGCAGCACAGAUGCGCCCGGAUGGCUUAGUGGCGGUCAUCCCUCAGUGGCUGAAGGAGUUGUCCGACGUAAAGUCUGUUUCCCUGGCGCUAUUCGGGGUUGCUGUGGAUAUGUUAGUAAUAUUAGCGUCCGUAAUUGUGGAUCUUUCUUCGUUUACAAACUUCUGCCUCCACCUCAUUGUUACCUACGUUACUGUGGCAACGGUUUACCACUGGUGAGAGGUAAAUACAUGCAUGAUUUUUGGUUCAAUCAUAUCAUGCCUUUUUACACAUGUUGGUGUUAAGACAAUCAGGCAAUCCAGUUUUAUUGAUUUAGUACGUUAUCCUAGAGUCAACCUCGUUCCCACAGGGCUUUUUCCCGCCCUUCCCAUUUUCUAACGGGAAAGGCCCAGGGAAUGAGGUUGUCCUAGAGUAAUUAUUUUUCCAGGCAAAAUAAAACAAAUUCCGAAAAAGGCCGAGUAAUCUAAAAUGUUAGUCAGAUGUAACCAAACGGCAACAGCAUUUGCUUCCCACAUUAAGUUCCUGUUCUGUAAAUCUCCAGAAUCCUCUGCGAGUAGCAAAGUCCUGUUGACCUGAAAUUGGUUCACCAAAUUGAGCGUACCCAUGUAACUGAUCGAUUCUGACUUCCGCUCUGGGAUCGCGCCAUCCAGAUUAAAAAAAAAACUAUUGGAAUACAAUGGUUAACUAAUGCUUAAAAAAGAUUCAGAGUGGCCUACUUCAGGGGUUUAAUUCUUAUUUUUCGACGAACGACCCGUCCCUUUCACAUUGCGGGUGCCCCCCUCUAGGGGACAAUCGUUUCUUAGGUUUUCUAAGAACAUAAGAAAUGUGAGAAUAUUGUAAUAGCACGACCAAAUUUCGCUCAAAACAGGUAUCAAACGAAUAGACGUUUAAAGUAUUCGAACCAGAAAAGUACAAGCGAAACCGAAUAUAUAAUGUUACCGGCACGUGCAUAUUGAAAUGUAAACACAAAGCGUGCAGCAUAUUUACAAUUUUAUCAUAAAUACAAGGAAAAGAGUCCUGUUUAUAUUUCCUGUUGAAUAAUGACAGCCUCCUUUCUUUGCCGAGAGAAUUCCACUGUCUUGUAUCGUUUAAUUUCGUUCAUGGUUUGUGCUCGUUGACUCCGAUAUAUAUUCCUUCCAGUUAGGUAACUAAACGCCAUAUUCAAGGUUUGAAUUAUUUUUUUUUAGAAUGUCUCAACUACAGAGUCCUAAACGAAUCCAACAGAGCAGUAUCAUACAAUACUAGUACAUGGCAUUGUACCGAUACAACGCUUUCAGGCUGGUAUAGAUUCAGUGGAGAAGCUGGAUAUCAAAUGGCUGAUUCCUGUGUCAACAUGUCACACUGUGGAACGAUGUUCCCUGGCUGGCUCAGAGGAGGUCAUCCCGGCUCAGCAGAAGGCGUGGUCCAGCGUAAAGUGUGUUUUACUAAUUUCCUGGGUUGUUGUGGCGCCUCUAUUUACAUCAGUGUCCGGAACUGCGGAUCGUAUUAUGUUUAUAAACUUAUGCCGCUACCAUCUUGUAGACCAUUCAUACGUACUCGUUACUGUGGUAACCACGGUGCUUUAUCACCAACUUCAACUACUUCAGGUAGGAACUAGGAUACUUAAAAGCUAAGGUACUGAUUUCAAGUCAAACAUAAACAACGCCUACUUAAGUUUCGCUAUCGUGGGAUAUUUACUGUUAUUAUUCAUACAAAAUAUUUCAGUCUCCGUCUCGGAUUGGCUCAAAUCCCCUUGCUAAUAGCCUUGACCAAUUUGAAUACGUUUGCGAUAUCCCGGAAAAUGCGCAGGGUAACUGCUAAGAAAAGGGAUGGCAAACCACAAGCCCCUCAGGGACGAAGUAGCGCAGCUGUUAGGGUAGAGCUGUAGAUCAUAGCGCAAUAUCUAGUAGCACUGAAAGCAACAAUUUGACUGAAUGGGAAGAGGAAUUUCUGGCCGACUGUUUCCCAUAGGUCAAAAUGGUCAAAGACCGGCGGUCAGAGACGGUCCCAAGUAUUCAAGUAUGCCGGUAGGAAGAAACCAACAUGGACAUUUCCAUUUGGCUUCCAACCUUUCAGCGUUUCUUUUUAUUUAUUUAUUUAUUUAUUUAUUUAUUUUUAGUUUCGUCGUCUACUCCACCUCUCAUGCCAACAAGUAAGUAAACGUAGGAAAUGAAAGAACAACAGGCUUUUAAUGACGACAUUUUGUUCAGAUUCAGCUUUCGCAAUCCUUCCAACAAUAUUAAAUACAUGUAUAUUGAUAAUUAUUUUUGAUGCAAGGGCUGACUUUUCCUAUCCUCCCUAACUAAAAUCUUCUGUUCUUCACUUGCUUUCCUCACAGGGAGACGGCCUUCAAUUCUUAUCCGUUUAAAAUUAAAACUUCUUUCUAAUGGUUAGCGUUGCAGUAUGGCCGAAUGUUUUGUGGCGGUCAUUUUGAAAAACUUGAAUACGCCGGCAGCUGAUGCUGGUCUAGAACCCAAAACAGUAACUAUGGACGACUGAAAUGGUAAAAAAGGCGCAUUGAGCCCUUGGAAGUUUACUCUUUCGCAUUAUCUUAAACACACCGAUGGAUCAUCUAGCUAUCUCUGUACGUUCCCAACAUUUUUAAUUAUUAAAUUGACUUGGCUAUUCUCUUAAUUUUACAGCAAAGCCUCUAGUGCCAACUACCAAUGAAACGACUAUAAAACCCACUACAGGUAAGUCUUAUCUCAGUCUUGUUAUCCAGUGUAUUCAAAAACUGAGAGCUACAGAGAACUGAAUUCUAAGUUUUAUAUUUUAAUCAGGGGGGGUUAUUAGACUCCGGGGAGUGGUAGCAUAAAAUGUCUUUAAGAUACGUGGGCUCUUGAAUGUUGUUCUGGAACUGCAACCAAAAGAGCGUUUUUACAUGACGUCUCAUCCGCCAUGUUGGUGUUCCAAACCAGUCCGGCCUAUGGGAGUUGAAACUUUUUUCUUAUGUUAACUGCUUUCUUUUGUUCCUAUAAAUUUGUUUAGCUGCUGACGGCGUGGGUGUUAACGCUCUGUUGUUUUGAAACAAUAAUCAUACGUUGCUUUCUACAACCCGGCCAUGGCAUUUGUAAAAAACACUUGCAGCUUGUUUACUAGUCUUAUUCUCAGAUUAGAGAAAAUGCAUUGCUUGGUUCUGAAAAUGUGUGUACUUGAAAGCUAGAAAGAAGGUAUAUUUUCUAGUUUUCGAGUUCUUGCAAUUGUUGCAUUUCAGUUUUUACAGCGGUGAAAAUUGAAAAUUUAUGAUUGAGAACUUUUCAUUUAUGUUACUUUCAAACUGUAAAGUGUUUAAAUGAAAUGUUUCUGUUGCCAAACAUCUUGAGCUCAAGUUUUUGUCAUUGCCACAAAAACUGAUUUCAGAGUUUGAGCCCAGGUGAAACCUUAGAUAUUUGUGUUCACUCAAUGAAAUCAAACCACAGAAAUCUAAGACUUUCGGAAAUGUUUUGCUAUCAUCUGUAAAAAUGAUACAUGCUACUACAUGUAUAUAAGUAAUCUCUGCUAUUACUGGUGUUGUUGUUGAUAUUAUUUUUUUUAAUGUUAUUUUUUUAUUUUUUUCGUUCUGGCAGUUGUUCCAUCGCUCAUUCAAUUUUCUUUUUUCCACUUAUAGGAACUUCUUUAUGGAAUUGGGACUCUAUUGCGGAAAUUAUUCGUUUCUUAUAAGUAUAUCUAUCCUUGGAAGAGAAUGACUCGUUUAUUGAUACCUUUAAGGGUGACUUGACAUUCAGAAUUCCGAGCGAGGUUAAAUCUACUGGGCAAAAUAUCAUUACAGAAUUACACCUAUUGAUCCGCGUCGGCCGUAAUAUCGCCGGUCCAUUACCAUUUGCGCGCUCACAGAGAAUGGCGACGCAUGUCGCUUUCUUUUGACUCUCUGAGUAAAGUGGUAACUUAUUGUUUCCACGAUACAAAGAUAAUUUAACUUUAAUAAUCAAAUCGAUAAUUCAAAGCUUUCGCGCCACGUACUCUCCUUUUUAUUAGAAAAUGCAAUCGCUCAACAUGUUGAUUUUUUUGACUUUAUAAAAUAUUUUAAGUAUUUAAGCCAGUUGAAUUAAUGUAUAGAAUGCCAGAAAAACAAAUUAAAAUGAAGUGGAACGCUUUCGAAUUGCGCUCGAAGCGAUUUUCAUCAGUAUGCAAACUACCUAUCGUUUCCAUCAAACUGAAAUAUCCUGGCUUUUUUGCGACUUUUCGAAUUGCUUCGUCUCAUUUUAUAGCCAGAAAAGAAUAUGAGCAGAUUGCUUUUUCAUAUUGUGUUUUUGUUUACUAUAAACAACAAGUUUCUAUUUUUCAGUGCUCCUUUCCACUGAUCUGGUGCUAGUGUUUUCG